AAGCUAGCAGCUUUGUCCCAACAAAGAGACCUGUUAGCCGCUUAGCACGCAGACGGACGCUGGGAAGUCUUUAACACGCCGCUGACCGACACUUCUUUUCAGUAAACACGGUUUUUGGUUUUAGACUCUGGUGAAGUCUUGAAGAGGUCCUACGGUCUGUUACUUGGGCUCAACAUGCACUUCUGCCGCUGCUCUUAUCAGAGUUUAGAGUUUUAAAUAAGCCAUUUUUUAAGGAGGACGGACUUGAGCCGGGAUUGUCGUUCAAAGCCAUUCUGUGGAACCCUGUAUCUCCUCGAAGGCUGCAGGUCCAUCGAGCGUACAUUUAUAUAAACCAUGGCGGACGGGAGGAUCUAUGUGGGGAACCUUCCCAUGGAUGUGCAGGAGAGGGACAUUGAGGAUCUCUUCUUCAAAUAUGGCAAAAUUCGGGAUAUCGAGCUGAAGAACAACCGCGGCACCAUCCCCUUUGCCUUUGUUCGUUUUGAGGACCCACGGGAUGCGGAGGACGCUGUCUAUGGAAGGAACGGAUAUGGAUUUGGAGACUGUAAGCUGCGUGUGGAAUAUCCUCGCUCCUCAGGAUCCAAAUUUGGCGGAUCAGGCGGAGGACCAAGGGGAAGGUUCGGCCCUCCGUCACGUAGAUCCGAGUUUCGGGUUUUAGUUACGGGCCUUCCUCCCACUGGAAGUUGGCAAGAUCUUAAAGACCACAUGAGAGAGGCAGGAGACGUAUGUUUUGCUGAUGUGCAGCGUGACGGUGAAGGAGUGGUGGAAUUUCUUAGACGGGAAGACAUGGAGUAUGCCCUACGUCGACUAGAUGGCACAGAGUUCAGAUCCCAUCAGGGUGAGACAGCAUACAUAAGAGUACUGGAGGAGCGCGGUGCGAGCUGGGGUCGCUCACGUUCCCGUUCCAGGUCUCGUGGACGGUACAGUCCUCCAUACCAAAGCCGAGGCUCUCCUCCCCGUUACCGAUCCCCUCCACGCCACAUGGCUCGUCUCAGCCCUCCCUCACGAAGACCACCGCCUCAGCACCACAGCCCACCGCCACGCCACUAUCGGUAAACAGCCAAAUGAGUUCAACCUGCUUAAAACCCACUCAUCCUUCAUGUCCAAUCUUUUAAAAAUUUUUCCCCCUGGACUUUUUUUUUUUUUCUAUUUUGUAAUUGACAUUCCACAAUCAAGACCAUUCCUGGAAACCUUUAGUCUCUAUUCACGAGUGUCAAAAUGGUCUCGAAAGAUGGAAAUGUUCCUCUUUUGGCCAUUAAUAACUGGGUAAUUCAGUAAAACUGCCAAGAAGAGAUAUUUUUCUCAUCAUGUAGGGCAGACUUCUUGAUUAAAUCAUUUGUCCAUCUUGGUUGUUCUUGUAGCAAAAAAAAAGGCUGUUCUUACAGAAGUUCCGCUAAUCUGUUUAAUCUUCUAAAUCGUUUCUUUUAAAUAAAGUGAAAAGGUUUGUUUAUUUACUUAUGUACACCCUCCUGUCAUUUUUGUAUCAUGUUAGAGAUGUGUGAAAUGUGUGCUUGGUAUAUAUAUUUUUUUCUUUAUUUCUCCAAUUAAACAUUUGAAUCAUGGUGGUGUUCUCCCAA